UGAAAUAACCGCUGCGAGCUGUGGCUGCGUACUUUCCAAGUUGCGAGGAAACUUUUCCCCAGUUUCUGAGCAACUAGAGAUAUUUAAGUCUUGAAAAGAGAAAAGAGAGGGGCAAAUACCUCCCCUUAGAUGAAAAAUGACAUGGCGAUCCCGAGUAGAAAGGGUACUAGAUGUGGCUCUACGCGUCCCUUCCCUGUUCGUCAUGGACAGUAUUUUUCUGGGGAACUUCCUGAACCUGUUCAUCACUUACGAUCCAGAAAUGGCAUGGAGAAGCUAUAUGAUGUGGUUAUUCGGAAUGGUCACAUGUUUCUUCUCUUCAUGCCUGAUGUUCUGCCUGGACUUGAAGCAGCUGCUGGAGGUGUACAGCUACCUCAUCUCCUUCGGGGCACUCCUCCUGUCCCACUGGCUUAACAUGGCAUAUGUCCUGGACGUCUACACUACUGAGAUAGAGAAGUACGCUUACACCGGCCCUCGCAGUAUGAUCCAUCUCCUGACUGACGACCCCUACAGCUUGAUCGCCAACUUCAUGUUUCAGAUCAGCUUGUCACAUCUCUUCAUUGUGUUACGAACAAGCCGCUACUCUUACAGGCAGAUCGAAAAUAACAACAGUAUGCAGUUUCUGUUACGGCUGAGUAUAUACCUAUCACUCGUUGCUCCACUGUGUCUAAGAGCCUUCUAUUGUGAUUCCCAUCUAUUUUUAUGGACACCAUUCCUUGCGCUCUCCAUACCAGUAUUGCAGCUGGUGUCCGAUCUUUAUAACUCACUGUAUUUUAUAGUUGUCACAUUGAAACGUGCAUACUAUAUAGCAACAGUGGCAGUUCAGGCUGCAGGUAUUCAGGCAUUUUUAGAACAUCAUUGGCAAAGGAUUCAUGUUCCUGAUGUGCUUCGAGUGUUUUUCAUUGUCAGACUUGUUCAUCAAAUAAUGAUUCAUGUAGUCAGUAGUAUCUAUGACAGUUACAUAGAAACUGGGGUACUGUCAUAUUUCCAAUGGGAUCUCUCAUCAAGUCUGUGGCAGCAAUUGCUUGUGCGGAGUUGUGAGACAAGCGUAGCGCUUCUGGGACUGACUAGUGUUGUGUCUCUGAUGACUCAUUACAUAGGGAUGAUUAUGGCUGCAUGUGUAGGAUCGGAAACUGAAGAGGAUCGCAACAUGGGCACAGUGGCAGCCAUUUUGUUUUUUAUAUUAGCCCUUCAGACAGGACUGACGAGUUUAGAUCCUGAGAAAAGAUUACUCCGACUGUAUAGAAAUUUCUGCCUUUUAUCAACAGCAAUUUUACAUUUUGUUCACAAUAUGGUGAAUCCUUUACUAAUGUCUCUGAGUGCAUCCCGGAGUACAAAUGUGGCACGUCAUCUACGUGCAUUAGGAAUGUGUGUGUUUCUUAUAGUAUUUCCUGUGUGGCUGUUGACAUUCCUGUGGACCCAUCAUAAUGCAAGCACAUGGCUACUAGCUGUUACUGCAUUUAGUAUAGAAGUGAUAAUCAAAGUUUUUAUAUCAUUGCUUGUUUAUUUAUUAUUUAUGAUUGAUGCAUAUCGUGAUUCCUUCUGGGAGAAGUUGGACGACUAUGUGUAUUAUGUUCAGUCGACAGGAAAUACGAUAGAGUUCCUGUUUGGAAUUUUCUUAUUUUGCAAUGGUGCAUGGAUUAUGGUGUUUGAAUCCGGUGGUGCAAUAAGAGCCGUGAUGAUGUGUAUCCAUGCUUACUUCAACAUCUGGGUGCAGGCAAAGGAGGGAUGGAAGGUGUUUAUAAAGAGGAGGACUGCUGUAAAUAAAAUCAACUCUUUGCCGGUGGCGACACAGGAACAGUUAGAAAGUGUCAAUGAUGUGUGCGCUAUAUGUUAUCAAGAUUUGACCAGCGCUCGUGUUACGCGCUGUCAACAUUUUUUCCAUGGUGUGUGUUUAAGAAAAUGGCUUUAUGUGCAAGAUAACUGCCCUCUCUGUCAUGAGUUAAUAUACAAGCCAGAAGGGGAGACAACAACUUCUCCAAAUGUGCCAGAGGUUUGGGAGAACCAUGUGAACAGGGCACGUGCACAGGUGGUACAUCGCUUCCAGCCACACCCUAACCAAGUCCGCCUUGCGGUGCCCCAACAGCCACAAAUUCAGCCCUUCCCCCUUCAGAACCAUGUUGUUCCACCUCAACAGGCACAAGUACAAGCCCCCGCUCAAAGAGUGAUGCACCCUCACCAGGAGUAGAAGUGACUGGUGGGUGUGGUACUUCUUGGUAUCGUCUCAUACAUUUUCCAUUAUCAGCAACUAUGUAUCAUGAAGUUACAUAUGGAUCCAGACUGAAAUAUCAAAUAUCAAUGCAACUUAUCCCUCAAAUAUUUUAACUAUUACCGACUAUCGGUCAUGUAGGAUUUGGUUAGGUAGUAGUUUACCUUAUACCAUGGAAUAGUUGCCUGAUGAAAUGGCUGUAAUCAUCUGAGAAUUACAAACCGACAAGGACAUAUGUAAGUGUUGAGUUCUUGUAAUGGCGAGAACAAACAUGACCAUGAUUACCAUGGUGAUUGUGUUUACAGUGGAACCACACAAUCCUCGAUUUGUGCAGGAUUAGAAAAUAAUAGUUAAGAGGUUUAUUGGAAUGUAGAAAGAACAAGCCCUGUUACUAGUUUAAUCUUUGAGAAAAAAAAUGUUUCAUCCCAGUAAAGGAGUUUGUGGCUGGUUCUAUGCAGUUACAUUGUAUUUGUGACACUGUCACAAGCAAAAUCUGAAACAAAUUCCCACCAGCUCCCACUUACAUGUGAUGUAAAACAAUGAAGUAAGGGAUAAGUCAUGUUCAGUGGGGAUAAUGAACUUGGGUUGUUUUCGGGGGCAUUUUAAGAAUCAGCAUCUCAACAUGUUUUCAUGUGUAUUUUAUUCUAAUCAAAUGUCUGUUUUUCAAAAUGAAAGUAUCCCAAUAAAGAGUAGUGUUUGUAUAUAUCAUACAUGUCCGAAGACUGUGAGUUGAGUUAACGCUGGUUAUAUCUAGCAUGAAUAUAUAUUUUUUGGCUACCAUACAUUUAUGAAUAUGAUAUUUAGGCAUAGUCGGUGAAUAGCUUUCCAAAUUGUGUAAGGCCCUGUGUUUGUUGCUGACACAUAUUAUGUACAGGAUUCUGCAAACAUAAUACACAAAGGUUUGCAUCAAAAUCAUAUGGUUUAACAUGCUGAUAGACUUGUUGCACAUGGACUAUACAUGUGUACAGAAACACUAUGGACAAACAGUCUUUUUUUAUUUUUAACUACAAAUUGUUAACAGGGGCUAAAGCUUAAAUAUUUUAUUAAUGACUUCUACGUAGUUGGAAGAUAUAAAGAGAAGCUGGGAAAGUGCAAUUUUAGAGUUUAUCCGUGUAGACAAUGUAAUGGUAUCUUCUCAGCUAUGAGUGUCCCACAUUCAGGGUCCUGCAGCCAUUAGGUUCCCCUGUAUUAUGUUGCAGUGUUUAUCAUGCAAGUUACCAUAGUUACAGGAAUUGAACCGACUAAUAUACCUGCACAACCUGCAGGUUGACUUGGGAGGGACCUCUGUUCAGUGUCGAGUGCAUGUUGGUAGCUUGAAGGCUUGUUCUUUCACCACUGAAGGCCACAGGCCAUCAUCCCUGCAUACAUUUGUCCGUGGGCAAAAGAACCAGUAGUUUGUUUCCCAUUCCUGCUUCUUGUAUCCCAAGCCCUCUGUCACACGGAUACCUCAGUGCUAUGACUGUCAUCACCACCAUACUUUAGUAUAGACCAUGACAGAGUCGUUCGAUUGCAUGAUAAAACAGGACCCUGUUGUUUGUAGAUGACACUCCUCCAUGUAUCAUAGCUUGAUGUAUUCCUAUGAAAUGUGAGCCAUAUUCUGCACAAUCUAUAUAUUCUAUAAGACUAAGAAUAACAAAGGGUAAUUAUGUUACCAGGUGGUCAGGCUCGCUGACUUGGUUGAUGCAUGUCAUUGUAUCCCAAUGGCAUGGAUCAAUGCUCAUGAUGUCAGUCACUGGAUUGUGUGGUCCAGACUCGAUUUUAUACAGGCCGCCGUCAUAUAGCUGGAAUAUUGCUGAGUUAAACAACAAACAAAACAAAUCUUAAACCCCAGUAGAGCAACAUUACACCUUGUCUUCAUGGUUUGACCUAAAUCCCUGUCACGUGAGGAAAUGCAGUCCUCUUUGGAUGUAAGUAAAUCACAGAUUUCAGAUAAAAGGCACUGUGUGUUGUUUCCAGACAUUGCUAGAGUUGACUAGGAGUCAUGAAAAUAUGAAGAUAGGUAGUUUGAAGAACGACUUGAGUAAAUGAAAAUUGAUUACAAGGAUAGAAAUUACAGAAUAAACUUGAUUAUGAUUGUUUUAAGAUUAUAACUGAAAAUAAAUGAAUUUAUUGUGUUACUUCCAAAUGUAUCAUCAUCAAAUAUACAACAUCAUUUGCAAAUGAACAGAAUAGUUAACAAAAUGAAUUCAAUAUUCAAGCCAGCCUGUCAAAAUACCACCUUUGUGAUUGUGAAAAAGAGUUGGCAUUUAGUAAAAACAUAUGCCAUGGUUAGCCAUUGCAUUUUCCAGGUUUUAAAUCUCAUCAACAUUUUUAACCAAACCUGUUGUGGCACCCAUACACAUUUAUUUUAUGACAUUACAAGAUAUGUAAAGGGGGAUGGUGGAAAACAUUGUGUAUCAGGGACUUCUACAUUCCUCACCUGACGACAGGAACCUCUAUCUCUAUUUGUGUGUGUUCCCUAUGUACUACAACUGCCGACAACAUCCAGUUAAAGGGAGACUACUCCAUGGUCUCUGUCGUUUCCUGUCAUGUUCAUUGUGAUUAGUGCCUUGUGUGGUUGCUUUUUAUUUCUGGUAACCAUGGUAGCAAGAUAUGGCUAUAUUGAAUUAGAUCAUAAAAAUGGUAAGUCAUGUCAGAUGUUUUGCAGGAGGCAAGACUAAAGUUGGAAAGCACAGCAUGUCAUGAUACUUAUGCAUAUGCAUGUUUCAAGUUGAACAAAAAUAUUUCCUGGAUCACAAAUAAUGUUCUAGGUCUAACAGGCAUGAUAAGAAUAAUGUUGUGGUAUUGUUUACGCUUAACUUCAAAAUAUGGUUUGGGUAGGUAGGCAUUUUGUCCACUCACAUGCAUGUUGGGAACUACUGUUAGCCAGCAGUGUUUGGUAUAUACUUUCAUGUGUGCUCUUUGUUUUGUCAUGAAGAGAGACAGCACCUUAAGAAAGGGUAGGUGAGGUAACCAUAUCAAACUACACUGGGGGACUUGGAGCCAUACCUGUGCU